CCUCUCCAAUUGCCAGGGGGGAGGUUUGGGGCGCCGGGGGAGCGAGAUAAUCACUACCUUUGUAUAUUAGCUCACGAUAACGAGAUUUUGCAUGUGCAGGUAUUGUGUACACCAGGAGUCGGAGAUGAGAGAUAUUGGAUUCAAUUGAGGUUGUAGGAUUUGCUUCAUGUGAAAGGUCGGGGUGAGUGGUUCUAUUGCUGAGAACGAGAUGCUAAUAGCGGGUUGUGGAGGUGCUCUUCUCUUUUUCUCUCGCACAGAUUUUUGAAAGUAGGCAGAUAGCAGCACAACCACCCAAACCAACCACCGUAACCCAUCGCUCAAUCACCUGAACCCAAAGAGUUGCCGUGUGCCUUACCUUGCCUUGGUUACAGAAUGACGGACCAGCUCUUUGAUCUGUCUGAACCCAUGCAAAAGAUGAUCGAGCAUGAGUAUGGAAGACUUCGACCAGAAAGUCAAUAUAUUGCAAAUGGUAGUACCGCAGCAGCGGCAUCUACUCGACCGCACAGCAUAUGUAGUACAAUCUUACUUCUCCUGCCUGAGGAACUACGCCCGGGACUACCGGGGGGGGGGGUUCAGAUAGGAUACGUUAAGGAUGGCAAGAGUCGAUCUGACAUACAGUGCUCGCUGACUUCUGCAAGGAUAGUGGUGGGCACAGUACAAAUACAGUCAAACUGCAGUUGGAGUCGCAAUGCAAGUUCAACCGGGAAAAUGGAAUCAUUCGCACCUAGAUGCUUGUUCAUCUUUCAUGGUGGCCGGCUCCGAGAUCUAGUCCAUGGUGGGACAGUACACUGCUACUAUAGACUAUAUCAGUCGCACGCAGCUAGGAAAACAGAGAAGCGAGAGAGAGAGAGAGAGAGAAUGACACGACAUACUAGGUGGCCCAGCGGGCUGGGUCCUGCGUGAUACCAGCAACAUCUAAUUGUACCCUUUGUCCAGGUGUAUACACAUUGAGAACUAGAAGCUGGUCCAGUGACAACAACGUACUCCGUACACAGUCAAACCAAUUAACCACCACCUA